AUGGGAAGGAUACUUGAGCAGAACCAAGGGUCUGUUGGGAAGAGGGAGUUGAUGCUGGUUUAUACUCUUAACAGAGACUCCGGGGAUGUUGCAGCUCUCAGAGGAUCCCGGAAGUUUAACAUUCUGGGCACAAACACAAAAGUGAUGAACAUGGAAGAGUCUAACAACGGCAGCCUGUCUGCAGAAUUCAAACACCUGACCCUGAGAGAGCAAAGAUGUGGUAAUGGGGGCCGAGCCAAUUGUGACGCCUCCCUGAUUGUCACCGAGGAGCUGCACCUGAUCACCUUUGAGACUGAGGUGUAUCACCAAGGCCUCAAGAUUGACCUUGAGACCCAUUCCUUGCCAGUUGUGGUGAUCUCCAACAUCUGUCAGAUGCCAAAUGCCUGGGCAUCAAUCCUGUGGUAUAACAUGCUGACCAACAACCCCAAGAACGUGAACUUUUUCACCAAGCCCCCGAUUGGCACCUGGGAUCAAGUGGCCGAGGUGCUGAGCUGGCAGUUCUCCUCCACCACAAAGCGAGGGCUGAGCAUCGAGCAGUUGACUACGCUGGCAGAGAAACUCUUAGGACCUGGUGUGAACUAUUCAGGGUGUCAGAUUACGUGGGCUAAAUUUUGCAAAGAAAACAUGGCUGGCAAAGGCUUCUCCUUCUGGGUUUGGCUAGACAAUAUCAUUGACCUUGUGAAAAAGUACAUCCUGGCUCUUUGGAAUGAAGGGUACAUAAUGGGUUUUAUCAGUAAGGAGCGGGAGCGGGCUAUCUUGAGCACCAAGCCCCCAGGCACCUUUCUGCUACGAUUCAGUGAAAGCAGCAAAGAAGGAGGUGUCACCUUUACUUGGGUGGAGAAGGACAUCAGCGGUAAGACCCAGAUCCAGUCGGUGGAACCAUAUACCAAGCAGCAGCUGAACAACAUGUCAUUUGCUGAAAUCAUCAUGGGCUAUAAGAUCAUGGAUGCUACCAACAUCCUGGUGUCUCCGCUGGUCUAUCUCUACCCCGACAUUCCUAAGGAGGAGGCAUUUGGAAAGUACUGUCGACCGGAGAGCCAGGAGCAUCCUGAAGCUGACCCAGGUGCUGCCCCAUACCUGAAGACCAAGUUUAUCUGUGUGACUCCAACGACGUGCAGCAAUACCAUUGACCUGCCGAUGUCCCCCCGCACUUUAGAUUCAUUGAUGCAGUUUGGAAAUAAUGGUGAAGGUGCUGAGCCCUCAGCAGGAGGGCAGUUCGAGUCCCUCACGUUCGACAUGGAGUUGACCUCGGAGUGCGCUACCUCCCCGAUGUGAGGAGCGGCGGGCUGAGGCUGCAGAGAGCGAGGACAGAGGCACCUACCUGUGUUCUACCACCCCUCACACAGCCAACCCCCAGAUCGUCUGAGACUCCUCUCACUUUGUGCUUCCAGAUUUUUUUUUAAUCUCCUACUUCUGCUAUCUUUGAGCAAUCUGGGCACUUUUAAAAAUAGAGAAAUGCGUGAA